UUCACAGAAGCCUUGUAAUACAGUUUCUAUUCUUCCAAGUUGCAGCCCAGAUUGGAUUUUUCCUCUUUUACACUGAAUUUUUUCCUCUCCCUUUUUGGCAUUUCAAAUUAUUUUGGGCCAUUUAUUUCCAUAUAUUUUGGGGGAGUUUGUUUCGGUAUAUUAUAUAAUCGUCAUCAAAGGCUUCGUCUUUUUGCCUGAGAUUACCAUUAAUGGAGGAAACGCAGAGAACCAGAUUCAAAAAAAUCUGUGUUUUUUGUGGAAGCCACUCUGGUCGGAGAGAAGUUUUCAGUCAGGCUGCCAUUGAACUUGGGAAUGAACUGGUGAAGAGGAAGAUAGACCUGGUCUACGGCGGAGGAAGCGUCGGUCUGAUGGGUCUGAUAUCACGGCGAGUCCAUGAAGGCGGUUGCCAUGUUCUCGGGGUCAUUCCAAAAGCUCUAAUGCCUGUUGAGAUAUCAGGUGAGACUGUUGGAGAAGUAAGAGUUGUAGCAGACAUGCACGAGCGCAAGGCUUCGAUGGCCCGAGAAGCUGAAGCAUUCAUCGCACUUCCCGGAGGUUAUGGAACUAUGGAGGAACUGCUGGAGAUGAUAACAUGGGCACAACUCGGUAUCCAUAAGAAGACGGUCGGUCUUUUGAACGUUGACGGGUACUACAACAGUUUGCUUGCGUUAUUUGACACCGGUGUUGAAGAAGGUUUUAUCGAGCCCGGUGCUCGUGAUAUCGUUCUUUCCGCCCCGACAGCCGAAGAACUCCUGGAGAAGAUGGAGCAAUAUACUCCUUCACACAAACAAGUUGCUCCUCAUGAAAGCUGGAAGACGGAAAACUCGGAGGAUAGCCAGAACACCAGAAGGCUCGAUGAGAUCGCGGGGCAGUAGCAGUAGUACCCGACGUGUCUUUUCGGGUUGAAACCUUUCGCACCAUUGAACCAAAUAAGCAAAAGCUUGGGACUUGCAGCAGCUGUAGAGUAGAGGGGUUAUUGUUAGCUCUUUUGCUUGGGCUGAACUGAGAGACAGAGGUGAGGUGGGUAUGUUUGUAUGCAACUCUUUUUGAGUUUCGAUGAACAAAAAACCUCUCUCCCUUGUUUUGUCCUAAACCUGCGGAAUGAAAGGGGGUCUGUCCAAAUUUCCGGACGAGGAAAGGCGAGGACUUUUAGUG